UCCUUCUGUUUCUCCCUCUCUGUCACACGCAGGCAGCCCAAAGAGAGGAUGUGAAGCUGUCUAUGACCUGGUGCGCUUUUGUGGUUUGUUAUCUAUCAGUCCCCCUCCUUCUACCUCGCUUUAGGAGACCCAGAUCGAUGAACUCUUAAGGGCAGGCCGUAGGAACAGUAUCAAAUCAGCACUCAUCGAUUCUUUGCGGGAUAAAAAGGGCAAUCAAACGCGCGAGCAACGGCGAUCAUCCCUGACUCCUGUGCGCGCAAGCAGGAGGUCUGCGGCGCGCAAUUCAGGCUACAUGCAUGAGCACCGGCGCUCAACUUCAAACUCCAAAUCCAUCUAGAUAUUGUUCCAUUCCUUGCAGAAGGGGCAGUUUAAUGCAUUUGGGAUCGAGGUGAAAGCGAUGUUUUGCUUUGGUUUCGUCUCCAGGCGUGGAUUUGGUGCCGUCCGCUCACUGUGACAGGGGACAGGGAGUUAUUGCAGCCACUCGGAGCCGCUCAGCUUGUGUGGGAGCCGAUAAGAAGCUGUCGCCGCGCGGCGGAGGAGCAGGCGGCUCGUCCUUGGCGGCGCUGGAGCGAACAGAGCAGGGGACGCAGAGGAAUGCGGAUCCCAGAUUUGGACUUCUCUAGAUCACCUGCGGAAAUCUUCGCAGCUCACACUAAACCGACCUUCGGUGCGCCCCCCAGCCGCCAUGCUGAGGCAGAUCCUCCUAAACUCCACCGACUCCCCGGACUUCCACCUGGUGCUUAUGGCUCAGACCACGACGCACGCCCCUUCCUCCCUGAACGCCUCCAACAGCGGCUCUGUGAGCGUGGAAGCCCUCCUGAGACCCACCACGGGCAGGGGCGGAGGAGGAGGGGGGCUCCGGGAGGGAGAGCUGCACAAACCGGACCUGAUCACCUACAUAGUCAUGUGCCUGUUGCUGUUCCUGCUGAUCCUACUCAUUGUGUUCUUCAUCAACUGCCAGCUGAGGAACUCCUUCUUCGCCUCCAUGCCAUAUGACAGGUCACUGAGAGAGGCCCGGACCUCCUACAAAUAACCUCCCAGAGGGACAAACCUCUAGAAUUCAUGCUAUAUAGUCAGCUUUAGUUGCACAUUUGUUGGAUCUCCAACCUGGAAUGUAAUCAGUUAUGAUAUUUUGCCCACAGAUCUGAAAAAGGUAGAAACACAUCAGUGGGGACCUGCAAAAUGAUCAGGGAGGACUGAAGUUUCUGCUCAUGUAAAGAAUGAAACGUGAAACAGUCAACCUCUGCCAUGAUUCACCUGAAACUUUCUACAAAACGGAAGCCAAUUUUUUUUUUUUCCAGGAUAUUCAUUCCAGUCAUUCGUUCCAGCAUUAACUCAUCCAAAUGCUUACAAAUCUGACGUGGCGCCUGCACUUUGCAUCACAGAACUGAGCCCUGGGCCUGUUUUUCUUCAUAAAAACAUGGCUUACAAUGAGUCAAUGUAGAAACUACUGUUCUAGUCUGUAAAAAAGUAUUUUGUAAUACUGUAAGUCUGUCUUGUCUUGUGAGGGAAUUAUAGUAAUACAAUCUGAAACCUUUUGGAACUCUAAAAAUAUCAAAUGACAGAUUAAGGUGGUUAUAUAUUGCUGCAUAAAGAAACUGAUAUGUCUUCUGGAGUCCUUCCGGUUGUCUACUCAUGAGUGAACAAUACAGGAGAAACUGGUGUAAACCGCUGAUGUGAAAGGCCAACUGUUUUAUCAUUUAUUAAGCCCACAGAGGCAUUAACUUGCAGUACCGCAAGGCUGUUAUUCUUAUCAAACCUUUACUUUUAUAAUUAACUUCUCAUAGAAAUAAUGUGAUAUCAUAAAAUCCAAAAGAAGAAGGACCCGUGGCUCAGUCCUGUGUGAUAAAAAAAAAAAACCCAAAGUGUUUUUCAUUGCCACCGGUGAUGCUCAAGGCUUUCCAGACUUGUUAUUGGGAAACAUCACUCACAUACCAGGACAGAUAAAAUGGGCUUGUCUCUGUCUCUCUCUGAAUGUUAGUGAUAAAGAGGAGAUUAUGUCUGUUUACAAGUUUGUGUAUGUCUGAGUCAAAGUUAUGCACUCAAUUAUACUUUGUUAUAUCCAUGAAAAAUGCAGCAAAAUAAUACUAAACAUUUAUUCUGUCCAAAUUUCAUCUAUAUGUCUCAACUAAUAUCAAGUCGAAGGGCAGAGAUUCCCAUCCAACUGAUAAGGAAAAUGUUCUUGUUUUGUUUUAAUAAGUAAAGAAUUGGAUGAUUAUUUUGUA